ACUCUUUAUUUUGUACAACCUAACUAGAACUAAUUAGGAGUAAGUUGAAUAAACUUGGUGUAAGAGGUUAUGUUUAUUGCAUUUGACUUGUUAAGUUGAAGAAAACACAAUCUAUGGCUAAACCCCAUCACCUCAUUCUCCUUCUUCUCCUCUUCACUACUCUACAAUCUUCUUCCGUUACCGCAUCAACCUCAAAUCACAUCUACAACGUUGGUGAUAUUGUCCCAUUUUUUGUCAACAAAGUUGGACCCUUCAACAAUCCCAGUGAAACCUAUGAAUACUAUGAAUUACCAUUCUGCAAACCAGACCCAAUAGUGAAAAAGAUAGAAUCUCUUGGAGAAGUUCUCAAUGGUGAUCGUUUGAGCAAUGGUUUGUAUGAGUUCAAAUUCAGGGAAGAUAAGAUCGAUGAAACAUUGUGUCAAAAGAAGCUUACAAUUGAUGAAAUUGAUAUCUUGAAGCAAGCUAUAAACAGUGAAUUUUACUUUCAGUUUUAUCUUGAUGAUCUUCCGUUUUGGGGGUUCGUUGGGAAAGUUGAAGAUGAAAGUUUGAUUCAUGGUGGGGGAGGAUCAAGUUAUUACCUUUUUACACAUGUUCAGUUUGAUGUUCUUUACAACGGGAAUCAAGUCGUAGAAGUAAAAGCAUUUGGUGAUCCAAACCGUGCUGUAGAUAUAACCAAAGAUGUUGGCAUUGAUGUUAAAUUCACUUAUUCGGUUAUCUGGAAUGCCAGUGAAUUACGGUUCGAGAAUAGAAUGGAGAGAUACUCGAAAGCAUCAUGGCUGUUUGUGUACCGUCAAAUUCAUUGGUUUUCGUUCAUUAACUCCAUUGUCAUCAUUUUGCUUUUGAUUGGUUUGCUUGCCCUACUUUAUACGAGACAUUUGAAGAGUGAUUUGAAAAAGUAUUCUAGUGCAAAUGAAGAAGAUAGGGAGGUCGGUUGGAAGUCAAUCCAUGGUGAUGUAUUCAAGCCUCCUCCACACUUGUCCUUAUUUUUUGCUGUUGUGGGAACGGGUACCCAACUGCUAAUCUUGCUCUGUGUCCUUCUGUUCCUAGCAUUUAUCGGUACCCUCUAUCCAUACAGUCGUGGUGGACUCUCCAGUUGGAUUGUCCUUCUAUUCACUCUUUCAUCUGUUUUUGCUGGGUACUCAACAGCAUCCUUCCAUGGCCAAUUUGCUGAGAAUGGAUGGGAGAAGAGUGUUGGUCUAGCUGGGAUUCUUUACAUUGGACCAGUGUUUGUUACAUUCUCUAUCCUCAACAUUAUUGCAAUAUCUUACAGGGUUACAGCUGGACUCCCAUUGGGCUCCAUUAUCGUGAUUCUUAGUUUAUUCGGAUUUGUAUCAAUCCCAUUGCUUGCAUUCGGGGGAGUAAUUGGAUAUCGGUUUAGGUCCAAGUUUCAGGUCCCCUCUGGUACAAAGAGAUAUCCGAAAGAGAUUCAUCAGCUUCCUUGGUACAGGAGAACACCGUUUCAAAUGUUUAUUGGAGGUUUUGUUCCUUUUAGUGCAAUUGUCCUGCAAUUACAUCAGGUGUACGCUAGUUUGUGGGGUUACAAAAUAUACACACUUCCUGGCAUUUUGGCUGCCACACUCAUCACCGUCAUUGUGAUUAUUGCGCUCGUAAAUAUUAGCUUGACAUAUGUUCAACUAUCUGUGGAAGACCAUGAAUGGUGGUGGAGAUCUGUGCUGUGUGGUGGUUCAACAGCCAUUUUCAUGUUCGGUUAUGGUAUCUACUUCUAUGCAAGAUCAAGAAUGAGUGGAUUCUUACAACUAUCCUUCUUUAUUGGCUACAAUGCGUGCAUAUGUUAUGCUUUCUUCCUGAUAUUUGGUGCCAUCAGUUUCCGAGUUUCUUUGCUAUUUGUUCGCCAUAUAUACCAUAAUGUCAAAAGAGAGUGAAUUUUUCAGUGUCUCAAGCACAACGUUACAUUGGUUAAAUUACAUGAUUGAUGAACUCUUCUCUUUGGAAAGUGAAGUCUACACAGUUUGAUAACAGUUUAUUCCUUGAUUGGAAUUCUUCAACAAAGACAUUUAUGCUGAAAUUGUAUUCUGUAUUGAUUUUCAUCCGAAUCAAGACUAAAUCCAUGGCUGCACAGUUUGGAAGAGCUUUAGGGGAAGAGAUGAGUGGAAUGAUAGAGGGUAGGUUGUUAGAAUUGGGGAUCAGGUGAAUUAAGUCCCCAAGUUGUUUAUGAGGAAACCAACAUGUUUGAUUGCAAAUUGACAUGCCUCCAUCAUGCGUUAAUGACCACUCCAAAGUGUAAUUUGGUUUUACUGUGACAACAAUUUAUUUUGAUUGAAUCGAAUUUGUAACACUGAUUUUAGUUAAACUUGAGUUUAUGAUAAAAUGAUUUAUGUAAAGAGGCAAGCAAAGAUACCAAAAUAAAUUUGAA